AUCUCGACGUCACCGAUUCCGCGGGUCAUGCUCGAACGAUCGACACCGAUGGCCGAAGUAGACAACUUCGUUACUCCGGAUCUUUCGAACGGAAACGUAUUCGAUCUCGACGUUAAAAAAGUCUUCACUAUGUCGUCGAUCGAACCCAUUAACUCGCACGAGGAGGAACACGAAACGGAACACGAUCCCGUGUCGACGAUCGAUCCGGUUUCUCAAAGAAGCGGCUUAACCUCUCGAGAUGUCUCGGCGAACGACUCGUCGACAACCGAUGACGUGCUUCUGGAGCAGUGGCCCGUAAAACAUAGCGCGGUGGUGGAGGGUGAUCUUGUCCUCGGUGGAUUGAUGAUGGUGCACGAAAGGGAGGACAAUAUUACGUGCGGCCCGGUAAUGCCGCAGGGUGGAGUUCAAGCUUUAGAAGCGAUGCUGUAUACGCUGGACACGAUCAACGAUCGUGGAAUCGUGCCCGGUGUCAAGAUCGGGGCGCAUAUACUCGACGACUGUGACAAGGACACGUACGGCCUUGAGAUGGCGGUAGAUUUCAUCAAGGGGUCGAUAAGCAACAUAGACGGCGCGGAAUAUCACUGCAACAAAACCGCCGUGCGAAAAGUAAUUAGCGGGGUCGUCGGAGCGGCGAGUUCAGUUACGUCGAUUCAGGUUGCCAAUCUCUUGCGAUUGUUCAAGAUUCCUCAGGUCUCCUUUUUCUCAACGAGUCCGGAGCUUUCCAACAAACAACGCUUCGAAUAUUUCACCCGCACCAUUCCCAGCGAUCACUAUCAGGUCAAAGCAAUGGUCGACAUUGUGAAAGCGAUGAAUUGGAGCUACGUCUCCAUCAUUUACGAGGAGAGUAACUAUGGCAUAAAGGCCUUCGAGGAACUCGAGGAACUGCUGGGAAAAAAUAACAUAUGUAUCGCCGUCAAAGAGAAACUGGUGAAGGAUUCCGGCGUCGCCGAAGAAAGCGUCUACAACAACAUAGUCUGGAAACUGCUGACAAAACCACGAGCAAAAGGUUGCAUCAUCUUCGGAUCCGAUCAAGAAGUGGCCGAAUUGAUGAGAGCGGUCAGACGGUGUAAUGCGACCGGUACUUUUUCCUGGAUCGGCAGCGAUGGAUGGAGCGCCAGGAGACUAGUGAGCGACGGUAACGAGCCGGAAGUCGAGGGCACUUUGUCAGUUCAGCCCCAGGCGAAUCCUAUCAAGGGCUUCAAGGAGUACUUCCUCAACUUGACCGUCGACAACAAUCGGAGGAACCCGUGGUUCGUCGAAUUCUGGGAAGAUCACUUUAAGUGCCGAUAUCCGGACUCGACCACGACUCCGUACAACAAGAAAUAUACAAAUGCUUGCACCAAGAAGGAACGUCUCACGAAAAAUGAUACGAAAAAUGACUUUUUUGAGGAUCAAUUGCAGUUCGUUUCCGACGCGGUGAUGGCGUUCGCGUACGCUUUCCGAGACAUGCACCGCGAUCUCUGCUACGGAAAGCCGGGUUUGUGCGACGCGAUGAAACCAACGAAGGGAACGAAGCUUCUGCAGUAUCUGCGCAAGGUGGAUUUUGAGGGUCUAAGCGGUGACAAGUUUAGAUUCGACAAGAACGGCGACGGACCCGCGCGAUACAACAUCAUACAUUUCAAGCAAACCACGGAGGGCAAGUACGAGUGGAUCCGUGUCGGUAAAUAUCUGGAGGGCGAGCUUCGACUGAACACAUCCGAAAUCCAAUUUAAGCUCGGACAUCCGCAAACGCCAGAAAGUGUGUGCUCCUUACCCUGCGAGCUCGGCCAGGCGAAGAAGUACGUCGAGGGCGAAAGAUGCUGCUGGCACUGCUUUAAUUGCACUCAAUAUCAGAUACGACAUCCCAAAGACGAGACGCAGUGUAUGCAGUGUCGUCUCGGUACACUACCCGACGAAACCCAUUCAACGUGUCGGGACGUUCCGGAAGAGUUUCUACGUCCGGAAAGCGGUUGGGCAAUAGGCGCGAUGGCUUUCUCCGCCACAGGAAUCUUGGUUACGUCAUUUGUUUGCGGAGUUUUUUUGAGACACAACGACACACCCGUCGUACGUGCGUCCGGACGAGAACUGUCUUACGUGCUUCUUUCAGGAAUUCUGCUCUGUUAUUUCGUCACAUUCACUCUUGUGCUCAAACCCACGGACAUUGUAUGCGGUCUACAAAGAUUCGCCGCGGGCUUGUGUUUCACCGUGGUAUACGCGGCUUUAUUAACGAAGACCAAUCGAAUAUCGAGGAUCUUUACCGCCGGGAGCGCAAGAAGACCGUCAUUCAUAUCGCCGCGCUCGCAGCUCAUUAUCUGCGCCGGAUUGAUAUUCGUGCAGAUCCUAAUAAACGUGAUCUGGAUGCUCGUCGAUCCCGCCAGUGCGAUGCACCACCAUCCCAGAAUGGAGGACAACUUGCUCGUCUGCAAGAACUACAUCGACGUUAGCUACAUGAUCGCGUUCGCGUAUCCCACAAUAUUGAUAAUCGUAUGCACGAUUUACGCCGUCCUCACAAGAAAAAUUCCAGAAUCCUUCAACGAGAGCAAGCAUAUCGGCUUAACGAUGUACACGACGUGCGUUAUAUGGUGCGCCUUCGUACCUUUGUACUACGGCACUGGAAACAACGUCGCGCUGAGAAUUACCUCGAUGUCGGUAACAAUCAGCCUUUCUGCAUCCGUGACAGUGGUUUGCCUCUUCAGUCCAAAGCUAUAUAUUAUUCUUAUUCGACCCGAGAGAAAUGUACGUCCGACAGUGAGAGGAGGCAGACCUAAUCUGACGAAAAGUUCGACAAUAUCUGCUACAAAAGCAUCGAGUAUGGCGGGACCGGUGACGGCGACGACGGUUCUGACGGCUGCCACUUGCGAUCAGAAUAAGGCCAUCAAGAAACAUAUCUCGACCACCAUAGACUGCUCCACUCAAAGUGAAUGCUACGAAAUGGAGUUGAAAGAUCGGAAAAUUGCAGACGCGGCACGCACUUCGCGUUCAACUCAGACGAGCGACAACGAGAGAGAAUCCGUGUCGCCUAUUGUCGUGAAUAAUCAAGAAUCGCCAGAUGUGAUUGCGUCGACGAGUAACAAGGAAUCGAAAAACAGCGCGACGACAAAGCGAUUCAAUAGUAACACAAGAAUAGGUAACGGAUCGCUCUCUCAAAGCGACGUUUCUUUAUAGCGGAAGAUAGAACUGCCAAUGGAACCGCCCGUUUUAACUGUUAGUUUAAAACCGCUCUCCAAGAAGCCCGUUAUCG